UGGGGGGGUGUGGCCGCGGCGGUGAGGCCGCGGGUGCCGGUAGCGGGCGGCGGCGAUGGCGGAGGAGGGCAAAGGGGGGUACAGCGAACACGAUGACCGUGUGGGCGGUCGAGGUUUCUCGGGCCGCAGGAAGAAGGGUCGCGGCCCUUUCCGCGGGAAGAUGUACAGCGAAAUGAACCACCGCUCUCGUAACCGCGGUGGUCCCGGUGUCCGCGCGCGGCUGGAGGAGGAUGAUGGCGACGUCCCUAUGAGCGAGGCCCACGACGGGCCCCGCAACCGAUACUUGCCCUACGGGCCACGGCCAAACCGCACGGCCAACAUCCACAUCACAGUCAGACGAGACCUUCCCACCCCAGAGCGGAGCAGCAGCACCAGCCGUGACGGCGGGCGCAGGAACUGGUUCAAGAUCACUAUUCCGUACGGGAAGAAAUAUGAUAAGUCGUGGCUGCUGAGCUCCAUCCAGAACCUUUGCAGCGUCCCUUUCACUCCCGUCGAGUUCCACUACGAUCACAACCGGGCCCAGUUCUACGUGGAGGAUGCCACUACUGCCAGUGCCCUUAAGCAGGUCUCCCGAAAAAUCACCGAUAGGGACAACUACAAGGUGGUGAUAGUUAUCAACUCGUCAGCUCCACCUCAGUCCUUGCAGAACGAGCUGAAACCAGAGGAGAUUGAGCAACUGAAGCUCUGCAUGAGCAAGAGAUACGAUGGUUCGCAGCGUGCUUUGGAUCUCAAGAGCCUCCGCGUCGACCCAGAUUUGGUGUCACAGAGCAUCGACGUGGUGCUGAACCAGCGGAGCUGCAUGCUGGUUGUGCUGCGCAUCAUUGAGGACAACAUCCCCGAGCUGCAGUCCCUGAACCUGAGCAGCAACAAGCUCUACCGCCUGGACGACCUGUCCGAGCUGGCGCAGAAAGCUGCCGGCCUCAAGAUCCUCGAUCUCUCUCGCAAUGAGCUGAAAUCGGACCGGGAGCUUGACAAGGUGAAGGGACUCAAACUGGAGGAGCUUUGGCUCGACGGAAACCCGCUCUGCGACGCUUUCCGGGACCAGUCUACCUACAUCAGCUCCGUCAGAGAGCGCUUCCCGAAGCUGCUGCGCCUGGAUGGCCACGAGCUUCCUCCACCCAUCGCCUUCGACGUGGAGGCACCCACGACGCUGCCUCCGUGCAAGGGCAGCUACUUCGGCUCAGAUGACCUGAAGGUCUUGGUGCUGCGGUUCUUACAGCAGUAUUACUCCAUCUACGAUUCCAGCGACAGGCAGGGGCUGCUGGAUGCCUACCACGACGGGGCCUGCUGCUCCCUCAGCAUCCCAUUUGGGCCCCAAAACCCCCCCAGGAACAGCCUGAACGAAUAUUUCAAGGACAGCAGAAAUGUGAAGAAGCUGAAAGACCCCACCAUGCGCUUCAAACUGCUCAAACACACGCGGCUUAACGUGGUGGCCUUCCUCAACGAGCUUCCCAAGACCCAACACGACAUCAACUCCUUCAUGGUGGAUAUCUGCGCGCAGACGAAUACGCUGCUGUGCUUUGCCGUCCACGGGAUCUUCAAGGAAGUGGACGGCAAAUCCCGAGACUCGGUGCGCGCCUUCACCCGGAUGUUCAUCGCCGUGCCAGCUGGCAACACUGGGCUCUGCAUCGUUAACGACGAGCUCUUCGUCCGCAACGCCACCACCGAAGAGAUCCGCAAAGCCUUCCUCAUGCCGGCGCCCACCCCUUCCUCCAGCCCCGUGCCCACCCUCUCUGCCGAACAGCAGGAGAUGCUCGCCGCCUUCUCCAUGCAGUCAGGCAUGAACCUCGAGUGGUCCCAGAAGUGCCUGCAAGACAACGACUGGGACUAUGGCCGGGCCGGGCAGGUCUUCACCCAGCUGAAGGUGGAAGGCAAGAUCCCAGAUGUGGCGUUUCUCAAGUGAGCGGCGUCCACCACCCUCUUCCCCCUCCCCUCCCCCCUCCCCCG